AUGAUCCAAUACCUGACUAGCCUGGCAAUCCUGGUCUCUUACCAUGCAUGUUGCAUAUCUCCAUGCUUUAUCGAUGCUUUGCACAUAAGAUUGCUAUCUCGCAUUGAUCACGCGACUACCAUGUGUCGGUUUGCUUCUGAGUGUUUGGAUGCAAUGAAUCAGCUCAAGGUUCAACUUUCGGAGACUUUAGGUGCAGGCACUGUGGAGCUUCAAUUCCGUGUUGGGAUGCACAGCGGUCCCUGCACUGCAGGGGUGCUGAGAGGAGAGAAAGGUCGCUUCCUCCAAAUGUUUGGUGACACAGUCAACACGGCCGCUCGAAUGGAAAGCAACGGUGUUCCAAGCCGCAUACAUGUCUCUCAGGCAACAGCAGAUGAGUUGAUUGCAAGAGGCAAGGUUUCUUGGUUGACACCCCGAGAAGAUAAAAUUGUGGCGAAAGGCAAGGAUGAAAUGCAAACUUAUUUUGUGACUGUCAAGCUCAAAGGUGCCUCUACAGUAAUAUCAACACAAACAAACACAACUGGCGAUCGUACGGAGGAGAUUUUGACAACGAUGGAGGUUUGA